AGAAGAAGAAGGUUGCGUUCUUGGAGCAGAGGUGGAAUGGAAGCGAAAAACACGGCAGAAGACAAGACAGCAGAGUCCAGUACCAUGGCUGCAUAUGACAUCGCCGCUGUGCUGGAGACCGUGAACAUUAGCUUGUACUCCAACCCCGAGAUUGGUAUGAAGGAGACCAAGGCGCACAACUUGCUGUGCAGCGUUCUCAAGAACAUGAGCUUCCAAGUCCAAGAACAUUACAUGUUCCAAACGGGAUUUCGCGCUGAAUUCGCGAUUAAGGAAGGGGGACCACGCAUCUGCAUUAUCUGCGAGUACGACGCUCUCCCGGAUAUAGGGCACGCCUGUGGCCACAACUUAGUGGCUACUGGAGCUGUGUGUGCUGCUUCCCUUAUCAGUAAAGAAAUUAAGGAUAAAGGUCUUGCGGGGAAGCUUAUCGUACUUGGCACACCAGGGAAGGAGAAUAAUUCCACCAAAGCUAUCCUAAUUAACAAUGGGGCCUUUGAAGACGUCGACGUGGCUAUGGGACUCCACCCCGGCUCAAGCGGCACGCUCAAUCCGAGGACUCGCUGUUCACUAAGGGUACAAAUCCGGUUUCGCGGUACCCGCAUGCUGCCUUCCUCGGGGCUGCCCUGCAUACACAACGCCAUGGACGCAGCAGUGCUCGCAUACAUGAAGAUCACCUUAUCCAGGCAGCUUAUGCCUCGUAGCUGGAAGAUAAAUGGCGUGAUUAACCUGCCCGGCAGGUAUCCCUGCGAGGUGCCAGGGUUCACGGAGUCCGAAUAUAUUUUGGAAGCGCCCAGACAUGACAAUCUGCUAACGCUUCGAGCGUCCGUAGAGAACUGCAUCCUGGCCGUUGCUAAAGAGUCAGGUUGCACGGUGGAAGCGAAGUUCUUUACACCUGCCCUCAACUUCUUGUCCAACGAGCCAAUGGCAAACAUGUUCAGGUCACACCUCAGUGGAAACCUCAGCUUGGAGCUAUUCCCCUCGUCCAAUGCCGCACAGCCAUUGUCACCGACGGACUGGGGCAACGUAUCGCAGGUUGUGCCUUGCAUUUGCCCUUACUACCGCAUCUGGAGCCACGGGCCGAAACAUACGCGGCAGUUCACCACGGCAGCGGGCACAAAGGAGUCUGCUGCUGCUACAUUGGAGGUAGCUCUCGCGUUGGCCAGCACCGCACUCCAAGUCCUGAAGACACGGUCAACGCUGAAGAAGAUUAGGACUGCCUUCGAAGAACAACUAAAAAAUGUUGACGCGUAAUAUUAAGGGUCUCAAAAGAACCGUUCGCUAAAAAAAAAAAAAAAAAAGAUAAUGUAGGAACAUGUGUCAAUCGAUGCAUUUUUCAACAAUGAACACAUAUGUUUUGACGUUUUCUUACGUCCAAUUUACA